UAUUUCUCUUGAUAUAUAAUUUAAAUAACCAUAUUCAAAAUUAACUUAGAGCUAAUGUACCGUGUUCACUAUAAACAACAAUUUUUCAAAACUUAAAUUUCUUCAAUUUAAUUUAUGUAGAGAAGUUUUGAAUCUGGUCAAAGAACCGUCCAUGUUAAGUGUAUCGGAUGGCAGUAACCCGUAAGUACAAUCUUACAAUCUUAUAUAUAAUUGUGUUUAAUUUACACUUCAGCUUGGUUAUGUACUAGAAUGUAUGCACUGAAUAUUAAGAGAUGUUGUUUUAGAAAUGUUAAAGCAGAAGGAUCUCCGUUAAAACAGUUCAAAGAAGAUCCACUUCUGCCCAGGUAAUUGAUGCUAUAUGAUGUGUAUACAGCGCACUGCUAGUUCACGCAUGCAUUAAUUCUUUGUCAGUGUGCUCCAUUUAUAUCUGGAGCUCAGUGGGAGCGAGACUCGAGUCCAAAAAGUGAAGCCAAGAUGGCGGAAAUUGAAGAGUUAUUGGACGUUAGUUCCAGUCCCUUUCUAUUGUUUUUGUCUGCGCGGUUAACAUGAAGCUGGCAAAGAAUGCGCCGAAAUUUCGUAGUUUGACGUCGAUUUAAAGAAUAAUACUAUGGUUUUAUGAACUGAUAACUUGUUUAGCGAUAUCGUACGUUAGAAAAUAUUUUUGUAUAAAAAAGUAGACAAUUUUAAAUCGUUGAAAAGUUCACAAUUCUAAAUCUGCAUGUACAUAAAUUUAUUUAAAAUUGUUUAUUUUUUAAAAUUUUUUUAUAUUGUCUACUUUUUUUCUUGUCUACUUUUUUUUUGUAUUAAUGUUCGUUCUUGUUACCUUUCUUGUUAUCGUCUUUAUAACCAUAAAUUUUCACGCUGCUUUAAUUUCUCGCACCUUGAAACUGUACAAUACAGUCUGUUGCCUAUAGAAAGUGACACCUAAAAUAUUUUUUUUUCUGUGUUAAAAUGCUAUUUGGAUUUUUGCACGAGAGUGCAAAUAUCCAAUAGUGAAGCAAGUCAAAAGUAUGACAAGUGCAAGAAAGAAAUAAAGUGGGCACAUAACGUUCCAUUCUGGAUGAGGAAAUUAUUUCAUGCAUGUGGGUUGCGGCGCUGUUUCCGAAGGCUUUAAAGGUCCAUACCGACCGAACGCGAUUCGACAACGCGACGCGAAUUUUCAGUUUUUAAAAACAAAUAAAACUGUCAACGGAUAAAAAUUUUACAAGAUAUGCAGACCAAAUAGCUAAAAUUGCUUAAGUGGUUCCGAUAUUUGAAAAACAUAGAAAAAUAUUGAGGUUAAAUGUCAUUGUAAAUUGAAAAUUCGCGUCGCGUUGCCAAAUCGCGUUGGGUGUGUAUGGACCUUUAUACGUCAUGCAGUUGCAUAGAAAGGACGAACAGUUGCAGUUUAAAACGUCGUAUGCAUAUACUAUGCACAUAAAACAUUCCUGUUGGUCAAGAGCAUUGAGUAUACAGAUUAUUAUCUCCUCAACCAAUCACGUUUAGCUACAGGCUUAACCUGAAUGGUUGAGCUAAAUAAACACUGACGUUUCACGUGGAAUUGACAACGUUUUUGCGAUUGUUCAUUCGACGAUGCAAGUCAUAAUAUCGAUGAUAAUAUUUUACUAAAACUUUUAACAUAUUAUUACUGGAAAUGUUUUAGGUUUAAUUUUGCCCUCAAGGCUCCGACGUCAUCAUCGAAGAAAUUGAAUGAAGACAGUAUAACGUACCUUAAUCAAGGUUAAUAUCGCCUUUCAUCGUGUAUUAUGAUGGCAAAAUGUGCUGUCGUGUAUACUGAACAAGCAGAAGUGUUUCCCUAGGAUAAAACCGCGCGAGUGCAUGGCUUUGUAAAACACGUAUUUCUAAUUUUCUUGUUUAUUUAACGACUUCAAAAGCGUUUCACAAUUAUUAUGUAGUAGGUCAUACUGUACUGUACAUGAGAAGGCGAUGUGCAUGACAGAUGUGGGUUUAAAUGGUUUCCAUGCCUGAGAUUUCGAGUUAUUUUUAUGUGAAAAUGAUUUUCUAUCAACCAUCAUUUAGUUUUGUUUGAAGUAUGAUUAUUUAAAUUUACGUCCCGCAUAUUAGAUAGUUCAUUUUCAGAGAAGAGGUUCACUUUUGUUAGAUUUUACCGUAUUAAAGAUUGGUAACAAUGACUAACAAUGACUUCAACAUGUAAACUUCAGCAGACAUUGCAUGGGUAUUCUUUUGGCGUGAGUAAUCGCACGUAUGUCUCUGCCAAAGCCCUAUAUAAUUAUUGUGUUAUUUUUUGCGUUUUUAAGGUCAGUCAUAUCAAGUUCGACUCAAAACUUUGUGGGAUACUUCGUUUAUAAGUAAUAACAUUGUAAAUGUGAGUAUUUUAGUAAUAUUAUUUAUAUUUGUCACUGGAGGUUUAUGUGGUGCAUUUGUGAUGGCGUAUAGGCAAUUCCAGCUUUUAGUUUAUGCCUGCAGGGGAUGAUGGGAAGUAAGGUAUCAUAUUGCUGAUUAUGCUGAAAAAUUUCAAUAAAAACUACCGAAGCAACCGAAAUAUUUCAAUGUUUACAAGUAUAAGCUAUCACUCCGUGUUUACACGGCACAUUUUUAUUUUUUAGCAUAAUCAGCAAUGUGAUACCUUACUUCCCAUCGCCCCCAUGCACGCAUAAACUAAAAGCUGGAAUUGCCUAUUGUCUGGUAGUGCACGUGCACUGCCCCCCACCAUAUCCCACAAAAGUUACUAAACCAGUGAUUUGCUAUUUAAUACAUGCAUUAAUUAUAUGGCAAGUUGGUCCAUCUGCAAAAUGCAGCAUUUUGAUUGGUUAUUGAGCGGUUGGUAGGAUGACCACUAAGAUGGAUCGCUUACGAAAAAAACCCUUAAAUAACUCUUUACCUAGUCAAAAAAGACUAUAAAUAUGUAGUCUUGGUAAGUUUUUUAUGUAAAAUAACUUGCUAUUCUACUCUAUUUUGUGUUAAAACGUUGUUUACAUGUAUAAAAACGCUUUUUAUAUAGAGAAUAAUACAUGGGUGCAUGGGUGCUUGGAAAUACCAGAUUUAUUUCGAGUGUUGAACAUGAUACUAUCAUGUUCAACACGAGAAAUAAAUCUGGUAUUUCCAAGCACCCAUGUAUUUUUCUGUUUAUUGUAUAAAGAACAGUCUUUGAAAAGCGAUAAUUUUUGCAGAAAAGCGAUAAUUGAAAAGCGAUUAUCACUUUUAUCAGUGCUCGAAAUCUCUAUAAAGCACUAUACUUUAUAUAAUAAAACAGUUUAAAUGCCGAGAGAGGCAGUGAUACAUAAUACUUGAAGGGUAUUGUAGAAAGGUUAUUGCAGAAGCGAUUCCGGUGCAGCGCUCUAACCAACUGAGCUACAGAGUCCAGCUGUCGAGCUUUAACCGCAAGUUCAUGUGUAUACAGCUAAUUCAAAAAGGUUGUCCUUUGAAAAACCUUAAACUCUAAGCGUGCAAAGCAUAAUGGGAGCAUCAUUUAAUCAGUUUAGAAAUCCUAUAUGGGGCCCAUUUCUUGGAGACGUGGUAAAUAUCUCUUUACGAGAACAAUUCAUUACAAAUAGCUGCAAUAUUCGACUACUAAUCUUGAAACUUGUGCUCCCAUUACGCUUUGCGCGCUUAGAAUUUAAGGUUUAAGGUUCAGAAUUUAAUUGAAUUGGCUGUAUACUAGGGUACUGCCAUGUGUAGGUUAUGUGUAAAUGUAUUACGUGAACGCAUUAAUAAUCCAUAAGGAAAACACGAAGAAAAAUCAUAAGCGUGUCGUAUCUUUAUAUGUGAGAGAUUUCCCUUGAUUUACAUAAACUUUAACUUUGAUUUUCUCGACUUACACAACGUAUUUUGUGAAAAUUAUUUCGCCAAUGAAUUUACCAGAUCGAUCGUUUUUGAAGCAAUUUAAAACAUUCGUAGUGCGUGUUUUAUCAGAUCUAAAGAUACUCGGCUUCGCCUCGUAUCUUUAUAUCUGAUAAAACACUCUGCUGCUCAUGUUUUAAAUAGUACAUAAAUGCACAUUUACACAUACAGUAACCUACACAUGGCACUACCCUAGUAUAUAUACAUGAACUUGUGGUUAGAGCUCGACAACUGUCCUCUGUAGUUCAGUUGAUUAGAGCGCUGCACUGGAAUUGCAUGGCCGCAGGUUCGAUUCCUACCAAGUGAAACUGGAAUGAAAACUACUCUGUUUUCGACAUUUCAUAUAUUAAUAUCUGAAAAUAUGUUGUUACCGUUUUAUCUUUGUCAAAAAUUGUUUACAGAAAGUUCAAAUCCUGCACUUUUAUUUACUGCUUUAUUUAAUUCUUGUUACAACUUAAUUAUCGAAUUAAUUUAUAAACAUUGUUUUUCGAAGAAUUCUCUUGUUAAUGUUUACCCAUAUAAUAAAUAACUUGAGCUUGUUCUGGACUCUCUUGUUAAUGUUUACCCAUAUAAUAAAUAACUUGAGCUUGUUCGGUCCAGACAGUAGGAUAUUACUCUUGUUCUUUGUUCGUUUGUAUAUGGACCUCGCCCACGGUUCGGUCCAUAUACAAACGAAAAAUGGACUUGACUAAUAUCCUACAGUCCGGACCUCUCGCUCAGUCAUGCAAUAACAUAUCUAUAUAUUAUCCUAGGUUCUGGUGAAACUUGGAUUUUACGAGCGUAAACUACAAGUAGUUGAGGCAGAAAAGUACGAAGAAUGGCUAACCAAUCGACCUGCUGAACGACUUUUAGAAAUCGGUAUGGAGGAUUUUAAUUGAUAAUCAUACACUUUCAAGGAGAUACAUGUAAUUUAUUGUUAUGACUUGAAGCGAACUUUAUUAUUCUCGUAUUUCCAUCAACCAUGGUGGAGAUAUUUCUGUUUUCACACAUUGCAUGAUCAGUUUCUGUUAAAUAUCAGGUCUUUUCUAUUCACGCAUGGAGUAAACAUUUAAAAAAUGCGCAAACAUUAUGCUAUGAGCUGUCAUAAUUUUUUUUCCAAAUGAUGUUUUGUAUAUAACCGCAUGCAUAGACCCAGGGUGGAUUUACUGGAGGUCGGGGUGGGGUGCGUUGGGGUCCAUACCGUGCACACCCCCUAGCCCUGGUCAUCAGGCAAAUUGUAUGAUCUCUCAAAUGUAGCAUGCAUGCAAACGAAAGUCUGUAAAAGACGCACUUUUCUAACUGGUAAAUUGUUCUCGUGAAAAGAAUGAAAGUCAUGCAUACAUGCACGAGUUAAGUCUACUCCUUCGAAUCGUAGACAAUCAAAAGGAAUUCCUUUCUUGGAACUACCUGCAAAAAAAUAUCUCAAACGUGAGAGUCUAGUGUAGGUAGUUUUCUACAGUAAUCCUUUGUGGUUGGUGCCUGAUCUACCAGAACAAGAUAACUCAAACAUACAUGCACGAGGGUCAAUAGCGAAGCUGUUAAUGUUAGCUCUCUUGCUCCCAACGAACCGACUGAUCUUAGUGACAGCGAACAGUUAAAAUCUAAUAAUAAAAUACUAAAUGCUGAGCAAACCUCAAUGCAAGGACAUAUGUUAACUUAUGCAGAUAUAGUGACAUCUCAUGAAACUGUUACAAGCAAUAAACACAGACCUGUCUCGCAAAAAUCAUCUUGCAAAACCAAGGAGAUGUCCAGCGAUCCCGACGGUUUUAUUGGUGUGGAACGCAAGCGAAGAAAAACAAAGAAAUUCUUCCUAACUGGCAUCGCAGAAAAUGUGAAUGAAAACCAGAUUCUUUCUUAUCUAAAUAAGAAAAAUAUACUUCCAACCUAUAUAUCUAUCUUCCCCAGUCGUCGUAGAGGAAUACUCUCAUCGAAGAUUCAUGUCAGUUCACUGGUGCAAAAAGAUAAUUUUUGGCUUAAAGCUGUCGUGGUUCAGUGUCUCAGGAAUUCCUUCGAUUGUCUAUGUUCGAAUUAACAGUGUAAAAGUCCAUAUCACAAAUUAAAGAAACAUGUUAAAGCCUGGUUCACACUGGUCGUAAUUCAUCGGCGAUCUAUUGUAUUCUUUUCCGACAGACAAAGCAUUUUACUCACCAAUGACCACAGACAAUGGAAAUUCCCGAUUCUUACGACCAGUGUGAACCAGGCAUAAUAGAUGUUGUAAGUACUAUACUAAGUGCUAAACAGAAGAAAUAUUCAGUGCUUUAUGUAUUUUUAUGUUUUUCAGAUAUACCUAUGUCUGUUGGUAUUCUAAAUAUAAGAAGUCAAGGCAGUUAUACAAAUGAACUGGAGUUUGAAUGGGAUACUCAGCUCGAGGCUCAAAUUUAUAUCAAGGUAACUAAUAUGUCCAAUCUUUACUCGAAAAACAAGCAAGAGUGAGUUUUAAAAAACUAUCAACAUUCUUUUUUGCGUUCUUUCAAAAACUCACAAGUUUUCAUGACAAACCACACUAAUAAGACUUAUUGAUGUAAAUGAAAACAAAAUAGUAGUUUCGUUCCCAGGUUCCAACUCAUAUACUCGGUUGAAGUUCAGCCGCCAUUUAGCAUUUUAAGAUUUACUUUACUUUAAACGCAGCGCUGUAAAACAGCUCAAAUUUUAAAAGAAAUUACGCAGCCCGCAGGCAAAAUUUUAAAUUUUUACAUUUGUACAUUAUAGCACUCGCAUACAUGCAUGCAUGCAUGCUUGCAUGUGUUAUUUAGAACCCAAAUAGGAGUUACAUUCUGACUAUGCUAGUAUAAGCAAUAAUGUAUAUAUUUUAUAAGUAUACAGUAAUUAACAUUUUUUUAUCGUUUCAGAUAAACUGUGUGAGUUCAGAAUUUACCAAGGGCAAAAGUGGUACGUGCAUGGUUCACUUAAAGUGA